UCCACUGUUUCUUUACUCGACUCGAUGAGGCCUUGAAACGCAGCCGGCAGUCGCACCGGCCGCCCGGCCCUGCCUUUCGUUUUCAGGAGGAAGCUGGCACUUGCAGCGAGUCACUCGCUCCCCUAGUCCCAUUCACUGACCGUCGGGCCCAGGGUUCGGCCAGGCCCACGAGUCAGUCAGGUUGUGCACAGUGCACAAGUGCAGCGGUGUCGUAGAUGUCGACAUCGGCCAGUGCCAUGGCGACCGUGCGACGUCGCCGCCGACGCGAAACGGGAGGCGCUUUGCUUCCCAUGGCAGUAGUAUAAACAGCCGUCGCCAGUCGCAUUCCAUCCGCAGACGAGGGAACAAUCCACACAUCUUCCAGUGCUGUGCUGUGCCGUCGAACCCGCCGCCGGCGCCCGCGACGAUGCGUGACCAGGAGGCGCCCACCCAACUCCCCCGCUCCCCCGCCACCGCCGGGACUCACCAUCCCCCGGCAACGCAGCCGCCGCCAGCCGCCGCGGCCAGCAACGGCGGCGGGAGAUCGCGCCUCCUCCACCUCGCAUUCCUUUGCCUCGCCGCGUCGACGGCGGCGGCCUGGUUCGUGGAGCCCUUCGUGGCAGCCGCGGAGUCCCGCCUGCCCGCGUCCGCCGUCGCCGCCACGGUCCUGCUCCUCGCCGCGUGCUUCCACCUCACGGUCCACGUCGUCCACUCCUUCGCCGCGCCCUGCCCCCCGCGCCCCGCCGCCACCGCCGCGGUCAAGGCCGCCGCGACGAUCGCCGUCACCGUUGGGGUAGGGGUCGCUUCGUGCCUUCACGGUGCCUGUGGAGCUCCGCACGAGUACAGAACAGCUUAUAACUGAACGAGGCUUGGAUUCGGGUAUGUUGUUUCUGUGGUGUAGGUGCUGCUUUUGAUUAUACUGUUACUGCUGUAAUUAUUGUGAAUGAAAUAUACCCAGGAAUUGGUAACAGAAGGUUCUCCAUUGAAAUGUCAUAAGAUAUCGAUUGUUUGCUUGCUUGCCGGUGGUGUCUGACCUGUUUAUUGUCAGUAGGAUCGUUUCUAACAAGUCACACACUGUAUUCAAGAGAAGGGGAAAAACAUGUUCGACCUCCAAAUAUAUCCAAGUAUAUGCAAUCGAAAUUUGGGUGUUGUUAGCGACACCUUUGUGAUGUCCAUUUCAAUUUGGCACAAUCAUGGACCGACGACCGUAAGAAAUUAGCCUUUACAGCUUACAUGGUUUACAUAAAAGAAUUUAGAGCUAGCAGAACAAGAGAAAAAACUUUAUUCAGAAAACGAAAAUUAGACUAAUGGCAAUCAAAGAAUUGUGAGCGAACCUGAUUUCCCGCAUAUUUUUUCAGUAUAUUUUGUUUCAGAUAUUAAAUAUUGAAUAAUUUUGUGGCCGAAUUCAGUAUCGUUCUGCCGACUUGUAUGAUUCUCACAUGUUUUAUUGAAAAUAUUUUUUGUUAUUCCUUGGGAAACCUUAAUUUCCAAUAGCUCAGUGACAGGAUAGUUCUUAGUUAAUAGGGAGAUGGCGCAAAUUACUGUGAAGAUAAAUGUUUCGAUUUUCAUAGCAUCUAGUAUAAGAAGGAUGCAUGUGAUAUCUUAUAACCGUUUGUUUUUUCCUAUUACCUAAGGGAAACUUCAAGGUCCACACAAUAAUUAUUCUGCUCCUUGCACAGUGUAGCCUAGACAAGCUCUUAACUCCAAGAACAGUAAUGCUGUUUCAGAAUGAUGAUGCAUAGAUCACUCUAGCAUUUAAGGUACCAACUUUAUAAUGUUCCUCACUAAAAGUUAAGCUAUAAAAUAAGUUGCUAAAAUGUUUCCAAGUGCACUAAGCUGUGCCAUGUUCUGUAUCAAUAAAUAUAUAACCAGUACAAUAGCCAUCGUAACUAAAAGUGCUUCUGCUGUAGAUGAUGUCUCUAAUAGCGCAAUAGUUAUAGGUCAUUCCGGUAUGAAAGUGCAACAGAAGUUAGUGGCUAGUACAACAGAAGUUCCACGUACAGACAGUUUGUAUCCUGUACGAACUGGGAUGCUCUACGUGUGAUCUCACUCCUUCAACAUGUUAGUUUAAAUUAAAUAAAUAUGUACAAUUGCUUUGUGCUUUCACUCUUUGUCACAUUGACAGUGUUAUCAGAAGUUCGACUUCUAUAUGUACAACAAUGAAGCACCCGACUUAGAUACAUAUCGCAUAUUAUUUUAUAAAGCUGCUGGAGUUAAUACUUAAAGUUUGAACCUUCCAUUCUGUAGCAACAAUUUUCUUGAUUGAGCUAUAUUAUCAGAGAAGAAACAUCUUAUCUGUUCUUUCUGAACCACGAAGAACUCUAAGUUUGAUGCAUCAGGACAUCACGGCGGCAAAUGUAGUGCAUUCCUACUUAUGGUCAUGUUUUAAUGAAUGAGCCAAUUGUAUACUUGGAAUGCAUUUCUGACCCUCUGUUUCAUGGCUCAAUCCUGGCACCUGAGACUGACUAGCCUCAUCAAUUGCACUUUUAAGGAAAAUUGCUCAUG